AUGGCAGUGUCCAUGUUUUUCUGGGAAGUUUUCCUAGUAUCUCUGUAUUGCUUUACGGUAACGUGUAAAAGAGGCAUAAUUCAUGGUGUCCCAUGUUAUUCAGAAGACGCCACACCUCACGUCUUAGGUGCUGUCCAUUCCUGGUGGGAACUGGUGUACAAGGCGGUGACAGGAGGACCGUUUGGGGCAUACGAAUUAUUUACUUCUGACAACACUCGUAACAUAAACAAUCUUGCAGCCCAACAACUGACCAAUCAGGUCCUAGACCACUAUAAAUCCGAGGUGUUUAAUAACUGGCAAAGUAAUGAUAUAUAUAAGAUAAGAGUGUCCUACUACGCUGGGGGCACCGAGGCACAGUACUUUGUUUUUAACGCAACAGGGUCAACAAAGACGAACUGGUUUAGUCGCUAUAGAGUAUUAGAGUCUAGCUACGACAUCUCGGCUUUUGCUGUAACAACUGGAAAAGGAGGAGAAUAUUUUAGUAUAAAAGGGUAAUAAACCAUGCAUAACCUUAAUGUUUUUUGUUCUC